GCGCACGUAAGAGUUACUUUCUACUACAAGAGUGGGGCGGUCUGGUGUUCAGAUAACAUGAACUUGGUAUGCUGUUUGUAUGCUUAGAGGAUCUGCUGAAUCCAUUAAUCCAUUUAGCCUCUAUAAAUGGAAUUCUUGUGAAGUAAAAAAGGAUGGAAAAGUUGGACGCAUGCGAUCCAUACAGCCGACCCGCGCGCAGGACACAAUGGAUAGUGAGCACCCUGGCGUAUCAUUACGGACUAGACCGUGGAGUGGAAAACGAAAUUAUAGUCCUCGCAACCGGGCUGGAUCAAUACCUCCAAGAGAUAUUUCAUCACCUAGACUGUCAGGGAGAUGGGAAAAUACCAACGGAGGAUUUUAACAUUCUUUGCGAGAUUUUAGGACUCGGUAAAGACUGUGAUCUUGAGGAGUGCGCGGGGAUAUUGGAUAAUCUACCAAAAGAGUUCACCUUCAGGCAGUUUCACGCAAAACUCUGCGGGUAUUUCAGCACCAAAGCUGGAUGUCAUUAUGAGAAUGGGAGAUUGCUGGUUGGUAAGGAGAGCGAACACAUAGAGACGCAGAUCAGACUCCGGAGCCCUCUGAGGCGGCGCGAGAAGCUGCUGUCUUUGGGUACCACCAGUAAGAGGGAAAGCGAAGAGACGCCUUCUCCCACAGUAGACAGACACAGGUCGGGUCGUAGGCAGCUGGGAUCCUGCACACGAGAGUGUUACGAGGAGAUCGUGGCCCUUGAGGAGGCCGAGGACAGGAUAGCCAAACUCGAGGAGGAAAACGCCAGUCUUAGGGAGUUGGUGGAGGACAUGCGGGCGGCUCUGCAGAGCAGUGAUGCGCGGUCACUGGCUUUGCAGGUGGGCCUGUGGAAAAGCCACUCGAAACAUAAACCAGAAGGUGGCUGUUUCAUCGCCCACCAACGGAGAACAGUCCAGAAGCCCAACAUUUCCGGUAGUCUGAAGGACAUCCAGAGUUUCCUGAGAGAAGUGGAGUUGCUCCGGGCGUCCCGGGAGGGACAGGUCGAGGAGGCCAUGUUCUUCAAUCAGAAGCUGGAGCAAGAACUGCGAAUAUCACGUGAGACGUCGCUUAUGCUAGAGGAAUGUAACAGGACUUUAAAAAAGGAGCAGGUGGAGAUGAGGAAGAGGGUGGAGGAAGCCAGACAAGCUGUGCUCAGCGGCCUUAAAAAAGUGAAGGAGCUAGAGACCAAAGCCAGUCACAUCCCUGUCCUGCAGAGGCACAUUGAGCAGCUCGAGAUGGAGCUUCUGUACUACAGAUCUGAAGUGUCUAAAACAUCAGUUGCAUUCAUCCACAAACUGGACAGACGGUAUAAUGGGGCCAGUCAGACGGUGUCCCGCUGUUGCCUGGAUACAGAGCAGGAUCGACACUCACCAACAGGACGGGCAGAGACUGUGUCCGACACCAUGGAGGAGCAACUGUUUCGUUCAGUGGAGGGUCAAGCUGCGUCUGAUGAAGAAGAGGAGAGAUGGACAGGAGAACAGCAGAGACAGGUGGACGAGGUCAAGAGAAUCCUCACCAGACUGUCCUGCUGCGGAGACAGGUGUGAUGAGAAGGCAGUGAAGAAGCUGUUGUCUCAUUUUGGAGAUUCUCGCACAGAGGAGAGCCAGACGGCAGUGUUAGAGCUGCUGGAGAAGGUCACAAGACUCAACAAACAACUGGAGCUGAAGGAGAGUCAGGCCAGGAGGGCAGAGAUGGACACUGACCAGAUGAGGGAUGCACUGGUGCAGGAGCUGCAGCAGAAGGCUGAGGAGACGGAGCUGCUUCACCUGGAGCUGCAGAUGCUGGAAACAGAACGGGUGCGUUUGUCUUUGGUGGAGGACAAACUGAUGGAUGUGCUGCAGCUUCUCCAGCAGCUGCGGGAGCUGAACGUGUCCAGAAGAUCUUUAGGAAAGAUUUUACUCAGCACAUUGGAGUCCUGCAGUGAUCCUCAGCAUGGGAAAGCGCAUAUUUUAGAGGUGCUGAACGCUCUCUGUCAUGAACUGGCCGCGUGUGAAAUCCUGUCUAACGGCGAGACCAUAGAGAGAUCACAGAGUCACCAGUCUCUCACCAACUCGCUGCUCAUCUCCUGCUAAAUCUCCGUUACAUUGCUGCCAUCUGAUGGUCAAUGGAUGAUACGCACUAACUAACAAGCCACGUUGGGCAAUGGGACCAAAAUUAGCCAUGCAUUUGUCUUUGUUUAUAUGUCUGUGUAUAGUUGUUUAAAUCAUUUAGCUCAUUUUCAUUUAUAAUGACACAUAUUUCUGUAAAUAGUUUGUGUAAAUCAUUUAGCGUAUCAUUUAGAAUGAAACACAUUACUCAUUUUAAACAAGGUAAGACACUGCAGGUAAAUAUGGUGAAAAAAAAAAGAAAUAAAAUUAAUAAAUUGUAAAUAGUUAGUUGCAUACUUUCCCGGUUAAUGUAUUAUACUUAGUGGUGUAAAGUAACAAAUUACUAAUACUCAAAUUACUGUAAUUAGGAAGAAAUUGUAAUUAAAUAAGUAGUAUUAAAAAUGUGAAAUUUUACUUUGCCUUGAGUACAUUUUUAGUACUUUUACUCCACUACGUUCCUUUAAAAUGCAGUCAUUACUUUAUUAUUUUGUUUAUUGUACAAAAACGGAAAUGGCCUUAAACACCCAGCAGCCCAAAAUGUCAACAUGACGGCAGAUUGACGUUGUACUCCAAUGUCGUGGUGAAGUUUCAUUUUGUUUGGAAAUGAAAAUCAGGUUGACGUCAGAACCCAACGUCAGGCCGACGUCAAUGUCCAACGUCCAACCUAAAAAUCAACCAAAUAUCAACGUCUAAUGAUAUUACAGCUUGACGUUGUGUGGAUGUUACCAUUAUGACAUCUAUGAGAUG